AUGUCGGACAAGGGGGAACCUCCCCCAACACGCCGAAAACCACCCGACAGGCGUCUGGGAGUUCUCGACAGGCCCCUCAUGGAGCGAGACCUCUUCGCUCCUGAGAGGUCGCGAGUGCUCCCACCGUAUAGCCAACUCCCGAGGCGUAUUGGUAGUUCAUCGGCCACUGGCACCGCGCUCGGCGCUGGUGAAGCUGUGUCUCCACCUAGCGUCGAACCGGCGCCACUACCACGCCGGAGCCAAGCCUCGCGGAGACGUACACCUCCUGAAAUAGACAAAGACCAGCUCCAAGAGGAGAAAAGGCUGAGAGCCGGAUCAGACUCACUAUCUGAUUCGGCAUCGCCUCCUUCCUCGGUAACCCCACCCGAGAGACAAGCCCCACAACCUGUGGUAAGGCAUAACAUUCCGCCAAACUCACCGUCUCCAACCACCUCUCCGGCUUGCACCGCUGAUAUGCAGGAUUUCGGCGAGGAAGACCCGGAAGGGGAGAGAGAGUGGGACAAUACGUCCUACGCCACUCUAGCCCCAAUGCAAGACUCCCAACCUGUAAACCAGGAGCCCAUGCCUGGUCCAUCUUCUGCGCCGGACUCUUAUGCGCAAAUUGCAGCAGCGCCGAGAUCAGCGCCACCAUCUCCUCCACCACCAUCUGCACAAAAACAACAACAACCAGUAAAUAACCAGGCCAAAUACCCUCCUAUUAUAGACUUAAAAUCAUCACUUUGGGACGCCAUCACUAAGGUGGAAGAUUCGCAGGCGCUUUCCGCCGCCCUAGCCCUUCUGGCUGGUACCGCCCGUAAGGCAACCAUCCCGCCGCCGGUGUUAGCGGACUACUUAGAGUCCCAGAACUCGUUCGCCGCGCUUGAAAUUGAUAUGGAGUGCUCUCACUCCGAGUCCGACGCCGCGUCGUCAGUAUCCGCCUCUCGGAAGAGGCCCGCGAAAAAAUCCGGCACCAGGUCAUCGGAGUCAGACUCGGACGACACCGGUGCAUCACUAGAAUCCUAUACCACGGUAUCGUCAAAGCGCGCGGCGAAGCGCGCCGCUAAAAACCGUUCGCCAACCGCCGCAGCGGCCCGUGCCGCUCCCGCCUCCCCCGCAGCCUCCGUCGCUGCCUCAGUCCCUGCAGCCCGAGCUGCCGCGUUAGAUAGCUCAGCGCCAACAAAACCGGCCACGCGUUGUGCGCCGCAAUUAGCUAAGAAACAAGCCCCGCCCCCUGUCUUCUUAAGAGAUAAGGCUGAAUUUACCCGGCUCAGUAAGAUAUGUUACGACUCGAAAAUUAAGUACGAGGAUGCUACCAACUUAGGCGUAGCAAUCAAAAUAUUGCCAACCACGAUCGACGAUUUCCGCCGUAUCACGAAACUUUUUACUUACGAACGCGCGGUCCUUCUUCCCAAGAAGACCGAGAAGAAGGCCUAA